CGCAGCUCAACAGCCAGCCAAAGCUCGCGACGACCACCGCCCCAGCUCCCCUGUCUGUACCAGGCCCAGCUGCUUGUAGUGUAGCUAGUAGAGACAACGGCAUGGCCACCGUGGACGACGUCACGGCGGCGGAGUCCGGCGGCAAGGCGGCCGCGCGCCCCGGUCCGGCGGGCGGCGGGUUCCCCGGCGCGGAGCUGGCGCUGCGGGCGCUCCUGUUCGCGGUGACGCUGGCGGCGCUGGUGGUGGUGGCCACCUCCAAGCAGACGGUGAUGGUCCCCGUCCCCGUGCUCCAGGCCGUCGUGCCCAUGCCCGCCAAGUUCAACCACUCGCCCGCCCUCAUAUACCUGCUGGUGGCGCUGUGCGUGACGUGCCUGUACAGCCUGCUGACGGCGCUCGGCUCCCUAAGGCUCAUCUCGGGCUCGGCCUCCACCGCCAGGACCCUCUUCAUCCUCCUCCUGCUCGAUGUGAGGGACACAGGGAGUACGUAUGUAGUGGCGACCCCAAGGUCAACUGUACAUCUUUUAAAGCUUAUCGAAAACCUGCUGGCAGUUCUACGCGGCGGUGAUGGCUUCGGCGACCGGCACGGGGGGCGGCGUGGCUUGGAUCGGGAUCAAGGGCAACUCGCACACCCGGUGGAACAAGAUCUGCAACACCUACAGCAAGUUCUGCCGCCACAUCGGCAGCUCCGUCAUCCUCGCCCUCGUCGCCUCCAUCAUCCUCGUCCUCCUCGCCGCCCUCAACGCCUACUCCCUCUACCGCCGCAGCCGCUGAUGAUCCAUCAGGACAUCGCCGGCCGGGGACGAUGACCACUGCUCGACGAUCGAAUCCAUUCCAUGGUGCUGUCCAGUGUGCGUGUGUAUUUCCCGUUGGCAUCCAUGAUCAGGGCAUCAUGACAUGUACGCGAUGAUGAGUGACAUCUAGUGACGUCUAGUAAUGAGGGUUUCGUGUGUACAUACAUACCAUGGACACGGCAUUACCAACAUAUAUACCCAACUAUGAAAAAGGUGCAUUCAUGAUGCUAUGGAAACCAAA